AUGGCCUUUCCACGGCAGAUCGCCAUCAACGUCAAGGAUCGUCAGGAUCCAGUGUGGGUGCCCGAGAGACUGACCAGAAAAGUCCAACAUGAAGAUCCUUCCGCUAUGGAUGCUGAUAGGCCUGAGGUGGAGUCUGACUCAGGCAGAACCUCGAUGGGGGAUCUUAACACCAUUCUGCCUUGCCAAGACCAGUAUUUUGCAGGAGGCCAGAGCUAUCAUUGCCAGUAUUCCACUACAACGUCAGAAUCAAGUGUUGACGUUUCCAGGGAGACUUGGGUCUCUUUCUGGGCUGCUGGUCUCCUGGACAACAGUGAGCCCCAACAAGCACCACAGGCACAGGGAUCAUCCUGUGACUUGAACUUCCCUGGACUGGAUUCAUGCUCAAGGGAAGAGGACGAGUUGUCCUCUCAGCUCUACAGAAAUAAGCAGCUCCAAGAUACUCUGGUACAGAAGGAGGAAGAACUUGCUAGGUUGCAUGAGGAGAACAAUCACCUCAGACAAUACCUGAAUUCUACUUUGAUUAAAUGUCUGGAAGAAAAGGCCAAGAAAUUGCUGUCAACAGAUGAGUUUACCAAAGUAUGUGGAAAAUUAAGAAAGGGAAAGCGGAAGCCCAAAGAGCAGAGACACUUUCCUAGUGAGAUCCCCCAUUCAAAAACUGUCAAGAGAAGCCUCUCCAGUGAUUUUGCUAACUGUGAAGAGCAACCAGUACCUAGUGUGGACCCCUGGGUUCUUCAAACCCUUGGGUUGAAAGACCUCAACACUAUUGAUGACACCAUACCAGCUAACUACAGUGCCUUCUCUUCUCAUCCCAGACAAGUCCCUAGUAUAUCCUCCCAGUUUCUACAUGAUGCACAUGUCCCCACAAAGGACCUACAGAUGGACUGUGGAGGUGAUAGAACACCCCCACUGCACAGCACUGCCAGCCACCAGGAAGAACUUCACUAUUUUCCUCAAUUUUCCCAUCCUCCAAUGACAGUGCAUCCUCUUCCUUACCACAGUACUGAUGUGCUGCCAAACAAGACAGAGAUGGCCUUUUCCACAUCCCUGAGUCCCCACUGCAAUGUGAAAACUCAUUCCUUCCAUCAGGGGCAAGCCUUUGUGCGUCGAGAUGAGGAGGGAGGAUGGAAGUUUACCUGGGUCCCUAAGCAAUCUUAGUGACAUCUGUUAUACCACAGAGCACUGCCAGGCCCUCUGUUUACAAAGAACUCUUGCACUCAAACUUGGCCAUCUGGAACAGAGCAGCUUCUGGCCACCAGACUGCCUCCUACCACUGUAUAUAUUCCUUUGGGCUAAUAUACAAUUCCUCAGUGUUUGGUUUUGAAGGAUCCUUACUGACGAGUGUCUACCUUCUUUCACUCAUCUUUGACUUGUUUACAUAUCAACACCACUGCUUUCUCCCUAUCUUUGCCCUAUACUUGGGCAGGUAUUUUCUAAUCACUUAGGUUGCUACAAGACCCAAAUGUACUUUUCUGAUUUAGAAGUGGAAUUUAACAGUGGUGCUUCUGUGGCCAAAAAUUUAAAUGGUCAUAGUCUUUUUGUUCAUCUCCCUUUUCUGCAUUUAUUUCUGAAUGCUGCCUUUAGAAUUAGUCCCUAUAAUUGCUUAACAUACUUUCUAGUGAAUGUUCAAAGAUCUGAAGAUCUAUCCAUUAGCAUUACUGACGAUGUUGUGUGAGUAACAUUAUGUCCAGGGAAAUUCACAAAAUUGAUGUUCCAUAGUAGCACUGGCAAAAAGUGUCUCUCACAAAAACAUGCAUCUCACUAAUAAGCAAUACUUCUGAUAAAUUAUACCAGUUAAGUAAAAUUAGGUACUUAAAAUGCCCCAUGAUGUAUUAGUUUCUGUUGACACCUGGCACUGUUUCUUUAAACAAUAUGGUUCAAACAAGGGCAUUUUGAAGGGACUGCCAUGGCAACAAAGCAUGUACUAGGUAUUGUCAGCUAUAUCCAAGGUCCCAUGCAAGCCUACUCUUCCCUUCCGUUUUGACAGAUACUGCAGAUAAUAAGUGAGGUGAACUUUUAUACAAUUAAGAUAAAAAUAAA